GUGAGGAUAAUUAAGUAAAUCAAAUAAAUAUUAGCUUUAUAGAGUUUAUAAAAAUAAUCAGUAGGCCUAUUUUUAUAUAUUUUUUGGUUUUUCUGGGUCCUCUCUUGUUCCAGGGCUUUUUUAGGAGAUGAGGACUCCAAAGUUCGCUGUCAUUUCGGAUUCGUAUAGCAUUGCAAGUCAAGAAAGAAUAGAAAUAAACAUGGGAUUCUUAUCCAAUACAAAAGGGCUUGUCUGAAUCUACUAUUUUUGGCACUGUUCUUUUUCUUCCAGGUAAAAAUAACCUAUCGAACAAAAGAGCUCCAUGUUCGCAGUUUAAGAUCAAAGCUUUUGAUUUCACUUGGUGCCAACAAGAGUAGGAAAGAGAAAUAAAAAAAGGAAAAAAAUCAAAAUAUAUAUCUUACACGAUGCAGAGCCUGUCGAGUAAUAAACACCAUGAUCAAACAAUGGGGCAUUCAUACCCAACCUCGUACGAUGGCCACUUAUCUCUUUGGUUUCCCACCAAACAUCCGGAGUUUUCUGAACCAAACUUUGUUGGCACUAAGCUUGAAUCGAAAGCUGAAUACAAUCGCCAUGUGGAAUACAUAUCAGAGUCUGGGUAUCGAGAAAAGGAUCUAUGCUCGUCUGUGUCAACUGGUCAGUCUAAUUUUGAAGCUCCCCCUUCGGUAAAAAGCAGCUUUCCUGAGCACAAUGUCGCAUUUCAGCCUGGUUUCCUUGGAACUUGUAAGAAGAAAGCGGAUUUGCCAUACGGUGGCACGGAUUACAUCUACCAUCAAGUUCAAAUGGAGCAUCAUAAUCAGUCAAUGGACUGCACAUCUUACCCUUUUGGUGGAUCAUAUUUUGGAAAGAUAACAUCUGUGUACGAUCCAAAUCCUGUUGUAACAGCAAGAGCCGUGCUUCCUCUCGAUUGUACCGAAAGUGUGGGCCCCAUUUAUGUCAACGCCAAACAGUACCACGCCAUCCUCAGGCGCCGACAAACCCGAGCAAGACUGGAGGCUCAGAAUAAGAUGACGAAAUCUAGAAAGCCCUACCUUCACGAGUCCCGUCAUCUACACGCGCUCAAGAGAGCCCGUGGCUCGGGCGGCCGCUUUCUCAACACGAAAAACGAGCAGGUAUCGAAACCCACAUCGUCCCAACAUGAAGCAGCCCAGCAGCAGUCGGAGAACAACAGCUGGGGGGCCUCCACUCACUCGGGCUCCUCAGAGGUCUCGUGCAUCUUCAACAACGACGACAUCUUCCCGACGAUCGACUCUCUCUCUUCCUUGCACGGUUGAAAAUGUUAACCGGCACCUCAUCCUUGGCUAAUUUUUGUAUUGCUUGUUUUUUGUGGUAUUGGAGUUAUGUUGUAUUGUAGCUUUUCUUAGCUUUAUUUUUUCUUCUUGGAUUCAACAAAUGAACUCGUGAUUUGCAGCUAUGCUCCAGUUUAGUUUUCUAUAUGGUGAACGGUAUUGGAUGUUCUUUACUCUGUAAUGCAUGUAAGUUCCUGUAUCUGUGCGCGUGUAUGUUUUGCGCUCGUAAGUCCAUGUCUGCUCAAUUUAUGCUACCAUGAAAAUAAAACCACGAGUGUGUGUGCGUGUGAUCUAAUGGCUCAUGGCUCAGAG